CUCCUCUGACCCUAGUGUUUCUGCUUCCCUCUGCAGCCAGCGUGAACCAUGGAGCUCCGUGUGGGGAACAAGUACCGCCUGGGCCGGAAGAUCGGGAGUGGGUCCUUUGGAGAUAUCUACCUGGGUGCCAACAUUGCUUCUGGUGAAGAAGUUGCCAUCAAGCUCGAGUGUGUGAAAACGAAGCACCCCCAGCUGCACAUCGAGAGCAAGUUCUACAAGAUGAUGCAGGGGGGAGUGGGAAUCCCAUCCAUCAAGUGGUGCGGGGCCGAGGGUGACUACAACGUCAUGGUCAUGGAGCUGCUGGGGCCCAGCCUCGAAGACCUCUUCAACUUCUGCUCCCGCAAGUUCAGCCUCAAGACGGUGCUGCUCCUGGCCGACCAGAUGAUCAGCCGCAUUGAGUACAUCCACUCCAAGAACUUCAUACACCGGGAUGUCAAGCCCGACAACUUUCUCAUGGGGCUGGGGAAGAAGGGCAACCUGGUGUACAUCAUCGACUUCGGCCUGGCCAAGAAGUACCGGGAUGCCCGCACCCACCAGCACAUUCCCUACCGGGAAAACAAGAACUUGACCGGCACUGCACGCUACGCCUCCAUCAACACCCACCUGGGCAUUGAGCAAAGCCGUCGAGACGACCUGGAGAGUCUGGGCUACGUGCUCAUGUACUUCAACCUGGGCUCGCUGCCCUGGCAGGGCCUCAAAGCGGCCACCAAGCGCCAGAAGUACGAGCGGAUCAGUGAGAAGAAGAUGUCGACGCCCAUCGAGGUCCUCUGCAAAGGCUACCCCUCUGAGUUCUCAACAUACCUCAACUUCUGCCGCUCCCUGCGGUUCGACGACAAGCCCGACUACUCGUACCUGCGCCAGCUCUUCCGCAACCUCUUCCACCGGCAGGGCUUCUCCUACGACUACGUCUUCGACUGGAACAUGCUCAAAUUCAUGCGGCCCCCCUCACGCCAGCCCCCUGCCCUUCCCUGUGGACGACCCCAGGACCAACUAGGGUGCAGCCCGGAACCCCGAGGACGUGGACAGGGAGCGGCGAGAGCACGAGCGCGAAGAGAGGAUGGGGCAGCUCCGAGGGUCCGCGACCCGAGCCCUGCCCCCCGGCCCGCCCACGGGGGCCACUGCCAACCGGCUACGCAGUGCUGCCGAGCCUGUGGCUUCUACUCCAGCCUCCCGCAUCCAGCAAGCUGGCAAUACUUCUCCCAGAGCGAUCUCACGGGUCGACAGAGAGAGGAAGGUGAGCAUGAGGCUACACAGGGGAGCGCCCGCCAAUGUUUCGUCCUCCGACCUCACUGGGCGGCAAGAGGUCUCCCGGAUUUCAGCCUCACAGACGAGCGUGCCGUUUGACCACCUUGGGAAGUGAGAAGGAGCCACCGUUGGACCAGUAUUUGCUUAGUGUCUUCACUGUAUUUUCUUUUAAAAAUCAACAAGAAGAUGGGGAAGAAAACCACUCAAAAGAACAAAAAAGAGAAAAAAACCCAGCACAAAACCGACGAUGGAUUUUGUUUCUUUGAUUUUUAUUUUUUUCCAACUGCAAGAAGAUGGGAUGCCCUCAGCACCGAGGAUUAUUGUCCCUUUGCGUUUCCUGCUGCCCACAACCUUCAGGCUGCCAAAGGCUCCCCAGACGUGGGGCUCCAUGUGCCAGACGCCGAGGCCCUGACCCAGCUGACGCUGACACUGGCUGGGAGGGGAACAUCUCAGCCUCGAGGGUCCUCCGGUGCCAUCAGGAGGUGGCUUGAGCAGCUCGGGGAAUGGCUUGAUGGUCUGGUUGGUUGGAGGCAGGUCCCACCAGGUUCUGGAGCCUCAGAACCACAGGAGACACGCACAGCCCCCAACCCCCUGAAAUGAAGGUGGCCGACUUUCUGCGUGGGCUUUUUCUAGUGUCCCCCUGAGCGUUUGGGUCCCUCUUGCCUUUUCACAGAGACCUUAAGGAGUGGGUGGCGAGGUGAUGGGGGCCGAGAUUCCUUGUGUGCGUGCGUGUGUGUAUGUAUGUGGCCUGUAUCCCAGGACAGCAGGGACCGGCGCCAUCUGCCAGGCUGAACCUCUGUUCUUAUCCCCGACAAGGACAUGGGGUGAACAGUGACCUCCAUGUUCCUCAAGAAGGGCACAGAGGGUCCUUGCCACCAUCGACCCCUCAGACUGUCGUCAGCCUGUGGCAGCUCUGUCCCCCUAUCCUGGUCUUAGGGCAGAAUCCGUGCAUACUACUCCCAGAAAGCAUCGGGCUCCUGGGUUAUAAAUGAAUUCCCUGGUCCUGACUCUCCCCUGGGGCCGCCCCUCCCUGCAUCCCGCCUCUCUGAGGAGCCUGGGUCAGGGCUGGGUACCACAUUUAUCCAUCCCUCCCGGUUAACACCUGUUUUUACUUUAUUUUUGUUUGUUUUCUCUGUGUGUGUAUUUCCUAAUUUAUUUACCUCUGUUUCCCCUAUUUUCUUUCUUUUUUUUUUUUAAUUAAAGAGCAAAGCUUUUUAUUACUUUGUAAUUUAAAAAAAUUGAAAAAAAAUACUGAAGAACUUUGGGGGGAAUUUUGUACUUUUUUCCUGUGUAAAUAUUGGACUUUUUUGAGCUUUAUCGUGGUUGUUAAUUUGAAGUAAUAAAGUAGAAAAGAAUAAAGUGACAUGGGCAGC